AUGGAGCAGAAGUCGAAGAGCAAGAAGAAGAAAGACGGAGUGAAAGAAGGAAGCGAUGGAGACGAGGAAGACGAGGAGGAGGAGGAAGAGGUGGUGAUGGAGGAAGAAAAGCUGGCGAACUUUCAGUUUGACGACGACGACGCCCUGAACGAGCUCGCGCCCAAGGGAUGGGACGUGAGCGAUAUGGUAAAGGAAGAGGACGACCUCCAGGAGGAGACGCAGACAGAGGCUUCAAAGAAGCAGGAGGAGGAGGAGAAAGAGCGUCUGGCGUUUCAGAGAAGGAUGGAGAAGGAGAGGGAGUAUUUCGACGAUGCUCCGGUGCAGUCAGCCGAGACCUCCUCCUUCCAGGAGCUCCAUCUCUCUCGCCCUCUCCUCAAGGCUGUCUCCUCCCUUGGCUUCAUCAAGCCCACAGUCAUCCAAUCCAUGGUGAUUCCCGUCGCUCUGCAGGGCAAGGACGUUUGCGCCUCCUCUCGCACGGGGUCUGGCAAAACUGCUGCCUUCGCCCUCCCCAUCCUCGAGCGCCUCCUCUACCGGCCAAGAAGGGUGGCGGCGACCCGUGUGCUGGUCUUGACGCCGACCCGCGAGCUGGCGGUGCAGGCGCAUGCGAUGAUGGAGAAGCUCGCCGCCUUCACAGACAUCCGAUGCUACAUCGUGAUAGGAGGCGUCAAGAACCAGCUGCAGGAGACGGAGCUGAGGAAGAAGCCCGACGUGGUGGUGGCGACGCCGGGAAGGAUGAUCGAUCACCUGAGGAACGCUCCUGGGAUCGGGUUCGAGGCGCUGGAGAUCCUCGUGCUCGACGAGGCAGAUCGUCUCCUUGAGAUGGGGUUCACGGAAGAAGUGCAGGAGCUGGUCAAGAUGUGCCCGCAGCAGCGGCAGACCAUGCUAUUCUCCGCCACCAUGACCCACGACGUUGACAAGCUCGCCGCCUUCUCCCUCCGCCGUCCCGUGCGAGUGACAGCGGACGGCUCGAUUCGCACAGACGAGACGCAGGGGACGCUGAACAAGGUGGCGGUGCCGAGCUCCCUGCUGCAGGAAUUUGUCCGUAUCCGCAAGGAGCACGAGAAGGACAGAGAGGCGAUCCUGCUCUGCCUCUGCACGCGCACCUUCCACAAGCGCACCAUCGUCUUCUGCCGGGAGAAGAGGAGAGCACACCGUCUCCGCAUCAUCUUUGGGCUGCUGGGGCUGCGGGUCGAGGAGCUGCACGGGAACCUGACGCAGGCACAGCGUCUGGAGGCGCUGGAGAACUUCAAGGAGGAGAAGAGCGACUUCCUGCUGGCGACCGACCUCGCCGGUCGCGGGCUGGACAUCAAGGGGGUUGACGUGGUCGUGAACCUCGAGGUCCCUCGUAACCUCGCCGAGUAUGUCCACAGGGUCGGCAGGACGGCGCGUGCGGGGAGGAAGGGGCGAGCAGUGACCCUGGCUGACGACAGUCAGCGGACCAAGUCGAUGCUCAAGGAGGUCGUUCGCAGCGCUCCUGAUGUGGUGAAGAGGAGGGUAGUUCCCCCCGACGCCAUCGCCGCCAUGAGGAGCCGCAUUGAGGAGCUGGAGGCUGACGUGGCAGCGGUGAUGGAGGAGGAGGCGGUGGAGCGGCAGAUGAGGAUCGCGGACAUGGAGGGAGAGAAGGCGAGGAACCUAGUGGAGCAUGAGGAGGACAUCCUGGCCCGCCCCAAGAAGACUUGGUUCCAGAGCAGGGAGGAGAAGCUGCAGGCCCGUGAGUCGAACCCUUCCAGCGGAAGGAGCCAGGACAGGCGCGAGAGGGGCAAGAGGGGGCGGGAAGAGCAGGAAGAGGGAGAGGACGGAGAUCCCCCGCAGAUCUCCAAGAAGAAGGUGAUCGGGAACAGCAAGGCCGACAAGUAUGCGGGGAUGAACAGGAGGAAGAGGAGGAGGCUGCAGAUGCAGGAGGAUGACGAGCUGGAGAAGGCUGGGGCCAAGUUCUUCGGCAAGGAGGAGGGCCCGAGGGAAAAGAACAAAGCCCUCUCGCAGCGAGCAGCCAAGUCAGCGUACCGCCAUGGUCGACUGGACCCCAAGAAGAUGAGGUGA